ACAUCGUUCCUGUAGAUGACACUAGAAGAGAACGAUCACAAACAUUUCCGUCUCUCCUCUGUUGCAGGAUCCAAAAUGUUGGAGUAUAGCGGCUCCACAUGGCACGAGGACUGCUUCGUGUGUCACGGCUGCGAGAAGCCCAUCGGCGCCGAGGCCUUCAUCCCAGCCGAAAACAAUUACUACUGUGUGCCGUGCUACGAGGGCAGGCUUGCUCCUCGGUGCAGCCACUGCAAUAAGGCUCUGACUAAAGGAGGGGUGACCUACAGGGACGAGGUGUGGCACAAAGAGUGCUUCGUCUGCACGGGCUGCAAAACCACUCUGGCCGGCCAACCUUUCACCUCCGAGGGGGAAAAUCCUUACUGUGUCAAGUGCUUCAGCAGCCUCUAUGCCAAAAAAUGCGCCGGCUGCAACACGGCCAUCACAGGGUUCGGCGAUGGCAAAUACAUUUCUUUCGAAGAGCGACAGUGGCACCAGCCCUGCUUCAAGUGCUCCCGGUGCUCCGUGUCAUUGGUCGGCUCCGGCUUCUUUCCGGACCGUGACCAGAUUCUGUGUACGGACUGCAACAAUGACGACUGAUUGAACCACAAAAGUUCCAAAAUUUCAGCGGUGCACAUGAACACUGCAAAUGCCCCAGUUCGUUCACUCGUAGCUUAUCCAACUCCUUGGGCAUAACAUGUAUUUGAUCAUUGAACCCGUCAUUAUAAUGAAUGUCAUAUAUGUAAUCAAAUAGUUUAACUCCAUCCCUUCUGUCAUAUUACUUCUUAGACUCAUAUGAGACUGAGCUCCUCCCACUCUGCUUCCCAAGAAUAGCACUCCCAUGCGAAUGGACUCUUACAAUUACCCCAGUAAACCGUAAAAAUAUUUACAGUUCAGCACCCCUGUUCCGAGCAUGCUUACAUAAUCAUGACCUCAUGAUGUUGAAAUACCACCGCUUCAUCUUUCAAGGACUAUUUGCAAACUAAUAAAAGCCACCCGAAAAAAAAAAAAAGAUUUGAAAUAAUGUCAAUGUGAACACAUGACCUCCCCUUAAGUCUGUGUUAUUUCAUCAUUCUCCCAAACGUGUGGUUGUCACGCGGUGACUUGAGCAGCCUUCCACUUCCUGCUUCUGAGCGCCAUUUUUGACCUUUACUCCAACAAGCCCCGUCAGCCUGACACUGCGCUCGGGUUCUUAUCCACUCCUGAUGAAAAAUAAAUAAUAAAAGGGCCAUGUGGUA